CAGGUGAGGCAGCCAGGCCUAGCAGGCCCCACGCCGCUGCAGCUGCCUCAGCCUCCCGGGCCACCCGCUGCUGUGGGGCCACCAUGCUCCCAUCGAGGCCGGGAGACUGACCCCAGACCUGCACCAGCCGCGGCUCUGCCCCCACCUGCCGGACCCCAGGGUCCCGCCCCGGCCCAGGAGGUCAGCCGGGGAAUCAUUAACAAGAGGCCGUGACAUGGCGGAGAAGGAGGGUGGCCGGACUGUGCCAUGCUGCUCCGGAGCCAAGCUGGCAGCUCUAACUGCGGGGACCCUGCUGCUCCUGACAGGCAUCGGGGCGGCAUCCUGGGCCAUUGUGACGGUUCUGCUCAGGCGGGAUCAGGAGCCGCUGUAUCCGGUGCAGGUCAGCCCCGUGGACUCUCGGCUCAUGGUGUUUGACGAGACAGAAGGGACGUGGCGGCUGCUGUGCUCCUCACGCUCCAACGCCAGGGUGGCCGGGCUCAGCUGUGAGGAAAUGGGCUUCCUCAGGGCACUGUCCCACUCGGAGCUAGAUGUGCGGAUGGCAGGCGCCAAUGGCACUUCCGGCUUCUUCUGCGUUGAUGAGGGAAGGCUGCCCCACGCCCAGAGGCUGCUAGAGGUCAUCUCCGUGUGUGACUGUCCCAGGGGUCGUUUCUUGACUACCGUCUGCCAAGACUGCGGCCGCAGGAAGCUGCCUGUAGAUCGCAUUGUGGGAGGCCAGGACGCCAGCCUGGGAAGGUGGCCAUGGCAAGUCAGUCUUCGCUACGAUGGGGCACACCUCUGUGGGGGGUCCCUACUGUCCGGAAACUGGGUGUUGACAGCUGCCCACUGCUUCCCUGAGCGGAACCGGGUUCUGUCCAGAUGGCGGGUGUUUGCCGGCGCGGUGGCCCAGGACUCGCCCCAUGGCCUGCAGCUGGGGGUACAGGCGGUGGUCUACCAUGGGGGCUAUCUUCCCUUCCGCGAUUCCAACAGUGAGGAGAACAGCAACGACAUUGCCCUCGUCCACCUUUCCAGCCCACUGCCCCUCACAGAGUACAUCCAGCCCGUGUGCCUCCCAGCCGCUGGCCAGGCCCUGGUGGAUGGCAAGCUGUGCUCCGUGACUGGCUGGGGCAAUACACAGUACUACGGCCAACAGGCUGGGGUACUCCAGGAGGCCCGAGUCCCCAUUAUCAGCAAUGAUGUCUGCAAUGGCCCUGACUUCUAUGGGAAUCAGAUCAAGCCCAAGAUGUUCUGUGCUGGCUACCCAGAGGGUGGCAUUGAUGCCUGCCAGGGUGACAGCGGUGGCCCCUUCGUAUGUGAGGACAGCAUCUCUCGGACUCCACGGUGGCGGCUGUGUGGUAUUGUGAGCUGGGGCACUGGCUGUGCCCUGGCCCAGAAGCCAGGUGUCUACACCAAAGUCAGUGACUUCCGGGAGUGGAUCUUCCAGGCCAUAAAGACUCACUCCGAAGCCAGUGGCAUGGUGGCCCAGCUCUGACCUGUGACUUCUCCUCACUGCCCACGCCUCCAGGGCCCAAGCUGAUCUAUGUGGCUUCAGCCCUACAUUGUGGGGUCCAUGCUGGGCCUGGGAAGGAACACUUUUCUUCUUGGGCCCAGCCCACAGGUCCAAGGAUGCCGUCCGUCCAGGUCCUCUCUUCCACAGUGGCGGGCCCACUCAGCUCUGGGAUCACCCAAGUCUCACCCUCCUGAUGCCCAUGUAAAUAUUUUUCAGCUGUCUGGGGACCCCGUCUAGGUGCCCCUGGCCACAGGAUGCUCUUUAAAUAAUAAAGACGGUUUUGAUUAA